GACCCCAAAGAGUACCUUCCCUUCCUGAACAUGCUGAAGAGUCUGGAGCCGAACUACCAGCGCUACAGCAUCGAUAAACACCUGAAGCGCUACAGGAAGGCUCUGCAGCACCUCAGCAGGGCGGGCGCAGAGCAUUUCCCAGAAGCCCUGCAGCUGGUGAAGGAGCAGAAGCUGUACAGUGAAGCUCUGAGACUCUACUCUGCAGACCCUCCUCACUACAAGGCUCUGAGCUGUGUGUACGCGGACCACCUGAUGCAGAACCAGCAGAUGGAGCAGGCUGGCUUGCUGCUCUGGAGAUGUGGAGAACCAGCAGCCGCUCUGCAGGCGUUCGCCAGCGCCUCCUGCUGGAGGAAUGCUGUGUGUGCAGCGCAGCAGAUCCCCCUGCCUCCGGACCAGAUAGCCCUGCUGGCACGAGACCUCGCAGAGAAGCUGAUCGAACAGAGGAGACACUCGGAAGCCGCUCUGCUGCUGGACCAGUACGCUAAAGACUGUGAGGAGGCCAUCUUGGCUCUGAUCACUGGGUCCGUCUGGGACGAGGCGCUGCGGCUGAUCUACAUGCACAACAGACAGGAUAUCACUGAGACCAACCUGAAGCCUGCGCUGCUGGAAGCUUUCAGCACUCAGAUUGGGUUCCUGGAGGUUCAGGUGGCGACGUUCACUAGACACCGGAUCAGACUCUCUGUGGUCCGAGAGCAGAAAGAGAAACACAGACUGGACAUGCUGGAUGAAGACGGUCCUGAUUGUCCUGAUGCUGAACUUUACUCUGAGGCCAGCAGUGUGAUGACGGGAUCCAAAUAUUCCCACAGUAACUCCCGCAUCUCCUCGAGAUCCUCAAAGAACCGGCGUAAAGCGGAGAGGAAGAAGCUGAGUCUGAAGGAGGGGAGCCCGAUGGAGGACCGAGCGCUGAUAUACGCUCUGGGAGAAAUCCUCACUACUGUGGACAAGAUGAGAGAGGAGGUCCACGGGCUGCUGAAGGCUCUGGUUCUGUUCCACUUUGAGCGGCAGGCGGAGAAGCUGCAGCAGAUUUAUGAAGAGUCUCUGCAGACGAUGGAGGCGGCGCUUCCUGAAGUCUGGAGCGACGGACAGAACAUCCAGACCCCGCUCACUGGACCCAACUCCACCGCUAACAGCAUCAUGGCGUCUUUCCAGCAGCAGCAGAACCCUGCCGCUCCUCAGCAAGCAGCUGCUGAAGUCCUGGCUCCUCCGAAGAUGAGGAACGGAGUGAAGUGGAAGCUGGCGGUUCUCUCAUAAACAUGUUUUUUUAAACUGUAAAGUCAAAUGGUAAUUGUGUAAUAAAGGUCUCCUCUUAACAGCA